UUGAACCCUUCCUUUUUAAGUUCCCUAGUGCAACCAUUUUCUUCUCCACUAUCUUCCUUUGCACCCUUUUUUUGUUAAUUUUUCUUUCUUUUUCCCACACCACUCACAAAAUCAGCUCUUCUACUUUUCCCCAGUAUUGCAGGGUCUUUGUCUUCAUCAUUUUUAUUUACUUUCCCCUCUAAUUCUUUGUUCUUCAUCAUUUUUCUCUUUUUGUCACUUAACAACUUUGAUUUGAUUUCCUUCAAAUAAUUCUAUAACAAUGGUUAGUACCAUAUCAUCCACUUCUAAGACCAACCUCUAUAAUACUAAGUUGCAAAACUUCAACUCUGAUGAUGCAAUUUUCUCUCCAUACUUAAACAAGAACCAAGGAACAAGCCAAAAACUUAGUCCCUUUAUCAGAAGGGAUUCGUUUCAGCACCACCAUGGUGAAAAGAAGAAGGAGGAAGACGGCGAAAUCGGAGUAUUCGGUGCAGAAAAAUACUUCAACGAUGGUGAGGUUGAUUCCUCAUCAGUAGCUUCUUCAAGCAUAGCUACUUCAAAGUACUUGCACCAACACAAAGAUCACCAUCAAAUAGCUCAAGAAUCUUAUGGAACUCCGAGUAUUCGCUCUGAAUCAACAUGUAACAGCCAAAGUGCACUCUUACACAGUGCUAUGAUGAUGAGGAACUCUCAAAGGAACAACAAGAACAAGAACAUGAACAACAACAACAAGGCACUGGCAAAGAGUUUUCUUGCUGGUAUUGGCAUCAAAUGUUCUUGUUCCGACAAGAAUUCUGUUGAGAUCAAUGAUCAUGCAGGCGAAAUCAGCUUCAGCAAAACCGCUAUCUAUGAUGUUUAUCUUGGAAAAACAGUACCAAGAAAGAUCUUAAAUUCUGGUGCAGAUUCUGAUACUCAUUCACCUAAAAUCUCAAAGCCAGUUGAGAAGUUCAUUGGUGUUGGAUUGAACAAAGAUUUCCCAUUUUCACCAGUGAGUUCUUCUUCUGGUUUGGGAAAUCAUUUUGUGAAAAUGCAAAUCCAAUCAUCACAAGCACAAGAAGAAGGAGAAGAAGAAGAAAAAGAAGAGGAGCCAAGAAAAUCACUUGCAGUGUUUGGUUCUCCAAUUCUGAGUCACAAGAGCAAGUCCUCAAGCUUUGACAAAAAACUAAGAAUCCCAAAAAGAAUGGAAGAUAUUAUUGAUCAUCACAAGCAUAAUCAUUUGGGUGCUAAUUCAGGUUCAAACUUCAAUGAUGCUGCAAGCGAUGCAAGCUCAGAUCUGUUCGAGAUUGAAAGCAUCAAAGGCAAUAAUUCAUUUCUUGCAAGACAAGCAACAUCAGGGUGUGGAAGCCCCACAGGCUAUGCACCAAGUGAAGCAAGCAUAGAAUGGAGUGUGGUCACUGCAAGCGCCGCCGUGAUGUCAGAUUGCGACGAGCAGAUGUCUGAGGUAACUGUAAGGAGUCCAAUAAGAGUGCCGGUGGCAGCAUCAUCUUCAAGAAGGGAGACACAGAGGCGGCGCAGCCACGGCAUGCUUUUGGGUGGCUGCAAGAGCCAUAAAGCAGUUAGAGUUGCCGGUGAUGCUUUCAUAACAUAUGAGAAGCCAAAUUCUAAUGUUAAUAGUCCACAAAGUCGGCACCAUAGAAUCAGUAAUAGCUCCUCUCACUCUCAGCUUGCAAGGUUUCAAAAAGAGUCAUCAAAGGUUGCAAGGCAUGCAUAUGCUGCAACUCCACCCUCACAAUUACUAUACAAAUAGAUCUUCUUUUUCUUCUUACACUCCACUUUGAAAUUCAUCCUCAGUCUUGUCUAUUUCUUCCUGCAAUAUAUAAAUAUUAUUUAGUCCUAUGUGUUCUUCUUGUUAUUGUUAUUAUCUGUAAGAGUAUUUGCAGUUUCUGAUUAAAAGUUGAUGGAAAUAA